AUGGCAACUCAAGAUCCCCAUGAGAUCGCACAGCUUGUGAAAGCCUUAGAGGAUGCUCGGAAACAAAAUAAGAGCGAAAAAAGACAAAAUUUCAGCUGCAAAAAGAACACUUUCACCGUCGCCGGCACCCAAAACAAGACUGUGGACUCGUGGAAGUUUAUGGAUUGGGACUACAAGCGCUCUGGACUGCCAACAUAUGCCCGUGGACUCUUCACUUCAAGAACUAAAAACCAAAUCCCCGAAAUUACAACGCGCGGAUAUGACAAAUUCUUCAAUGUCGGCGAGACAAAAACCACCGAAUGGCGGAAUAUUGAACAGAACACACGGGGACCAUAUGAGUUGAGUGUAAAGGAAAAUGGAUGUAUUAUCUUUAUCUCUGGAUUGGAAGACGACAAACUGUUAGUAUGCAGCAAGCAUUCCACUGGAGUACGAGAGGAUUCCGUCCUCAGCCAUGCGCAAGUUGGUGAACAAUGGACCGAACGCCAUGUUUCGUCCGUGAACCGAUCUGUUAGAGAUCUCGCUCGAACUCUACGCGAGAUGAAUGUUACAGCAGUGGGAGAGCUUUGCGACGACACCUUUGAGGAGCAUGUUUUGGCGUACGAUGAAGCCGCCUCGGGAAUCUACCUGCACGGUCUCAACUAUAACCAGCCGGAAUUUCAGACGAUGUCGUGUGAUGAGGUGAACAAAUUUGCAGAGGAUUGGGGCUUCAAGAAGACGAAGUUCGAGGUCUUUGACGAUAUUUUUCGAGUGCAGAGCUUUUUGGAAAAUUGCGCCGAAACAGGGACAUGGGAUGGUCGUGAAACAGAAGGUUUUGUGAUUCGAUGCCAGCUGAGAAACACUGAAACUGAACCCUACCGGCAUUGGUUUUUCAAGUACAAGUUCGAAGAGCCCUAUUUGAUGUAUCGUCAGUGGCGCGAAUGCACCAAAUCCGUCAUUGCAGGCAAACACCCCAAAAUUCGAAAGCACGAGCAGAUUACUGAAGAGUACCUGCUCUUUGCUAGACGGGUUUUGGCUAAGAACUCCAAGAUGGCAAACGAGUACUUGCACAACCACGGCAUCAUCGCUUUGCGUGAAGCUUUCCUCAAAGAACGAGGAUUGAAUGGACCCGAAAUUAUCGCUUUAGAGGCCAAAAAACAACUUGAAUCCAAGGAGGUCACUCAGAAUGUCAUUCUUGUCCCCGUUGCUACACUAGGGUGUGGCAAGACGACAAUUGCCUUGGCUCUUGUGCGGCUCUUCGGAUGGGGACAUGUUCAAAACGACAACAUCCCCAAAGUCAAAGGCAAGCCUAAGAAGUUUGCCUUUGAGGCCAGCCACGCUCUAGGAGAGCACAACGUUGUUAUCGCCGACCGCAACAACCAUCAACGGCGCGAACGCAAGCAGCUCAUGGAGGACAUCCACCCCGUGAUCCCCGAUGUGCAGUUCGUGGCUCUCCACUACGUCCAUGAGCCGAAAGGAAAGCUUUUUCCAGACAUCAAAGAGAUCACUCGCAGACGUGUGUUGGCUCGUGGCGAUAAUCAUCAAACCAUCCGAGCCGGCACCAACGCUCGCGAAGAGAUCAUCGGGAUCAUGGAGGGAUUCUUGGGCCGCUUUGAAGGCAUUGACACGACGAGAUCGCCAGAUAUGUCCUUUGAUCAUGUCAUUGAUCUCGACGUAUGUGCCUCCUCUCGCGAAAACCUCGAAACAGUCAUCAAAGCCAUGCACGCCGCAUACCCUCGGUUAGUCACCACCAUUCCAACGGCAGAAGAGCUCGACGCUGCCAUCGCCUCCUCCAUGAACGACUACCACGUUGAAACCGAUCUCAGCUACAGCUACGGCCCACCCCAGAAGCAAAAGAACAAGGCCAAAAACACGGACAGCACACCCCCACCUCAACCAACAGACCCUUUCUCUCCUUCGGCCCUUGCCAAAAAGAUCGAAUACUUCAACAUCUCUCUCCCACCCAAUGAGAUCUCCUCUGUUCUCCAAUCCCUCUUCCCCCAAUCUACCCCAUCUAUGACAGCUCGCCUCUACCGCCAACUUGUCAAUUCCCGUCGCCUUCAGCCAUCCUUUCACGUAACGCUCAUUCACCGCGCCUCCAAGAAAGACAACCCAGAAACAUGGGACCGCCUGGCAAACCGCUACAUCGAAUCGCAGACCGCCAACCCUGUCUCCAAACCUAUAGAAAACCCACCUGAACUUGGCCGUGCACGUGUCCGCCUCGAGCGUCUAGUCUGGGACGAUAGGAUCAUGGCAUUUGUCGUGCGCAUCCUACCCGCAGACGGUGCCGAGGGCUCCGAUGCUAUUUCUGAAUGGCCAUGUGCAAAUGCGAUCCCGCACAUCACCGUCGGUACCGUAUCGCCUGAGGUCAAGCCAAAGGAGAGUAAUGAUCUACUUCAACGGUGGGUUGAGGUUGGGUCGGGUGGUAACACGGGCAUUUUUGAGGCGGAGAUUGAGGGUGUUAAGGUUGUUGAUGGAGUGGUGGGGUUGGUGAUGAGUCGGGGAAAGUAUUGA